CAGCUCACACUGUGUGAACGGACAAGGCGAGUCAACCAAUUGUCAAGCGAGUCCACCGGGUCAGUAGCUGCUCAUUGUCAAGUCAGCUACUAGCAACGUAUAAAUGGGCCUUCAGGGUUCAGCCGCAAUGAGUUUUCACGCGACAUUGUUGUUGUAAACAAACAAAUUGCGUCAGUAAAUUGCACUCGCCACUUUUCGAAUUAUCCAAUCUCCCGUAUUGCACAAGACCAAUUUCAGCGAUGCCGGUGGACAUCAACCGGUUGACGGACGGCUGGCUAGAACUGGAGAGCGAUCCUGGCUUGUUCACCCUUCUGCUGGAGGAUUUUGGCGUGAAAGGCGUCCAAGUGGAAGAAAUUUACGACCUGCAGAAAAACAUCGAAGGUCCAGUUUAUGGGUUCAUCUUUCUUUUCCGCUGGAUAGAGGAACGUCGUGCACGGAGGAAAAUUGUCGAAACAACUGAGAUUUACGUGAAGGAUGAGGAGGCGGUAAACAACAUCUUUUUCGCACAGCAGGUGGUUCCUAACAGUUGUGCCACCCAUGCACUGCUUUCGGUACUGCUGAAUUGCUCCGAUAUCGAUCUGGGGAAUACGCUGAGCCGCCUGAAGGUACACACCAAGGGAAUGUGCCCGGAGAAUAAGGGCUGGGCGAUCGGGAACACUCCGGAACUGGCGUGCGCGCAUAAUUCACAUGCAAUGCCUCAAGCGAGAAGACGGAUGGAUCGGAAUUCGGGUGUGAGCACCGGAAGAUUUACAGGAGAAGCAUUUCAUUUUGUCAGCUUUGUUCCCAUUAAUGGACAGUUGUUUGAGCUGGAUGGGUUGAAGCCCUUUCCAAUGGACCACGGACCAUGGGGUGAGAAGGAAGCAUGGACUGAUAAGUUCCGUCGUGUGAUGUCCGAUCGGUUGGGUAUCUCCACUGGUGAACAGGAUAUUCGUUUCAAUUUGAUGGCCGUCGUUCCGGAUAGACGCAUUGCCAUCACACACAAGUUGAAGAUGCUACGCACCAACCAAACGAUUGUGUCUGCAGCGCUUGAGAAAUUGUUAAAGAGCAAGCAACCAGAAAGCAGGUCGCAGGCCGAAAUCAAGGAGACUGUUGAUAAAAUCAAGAAAGAGGAGGAAUCAUCAGUUAAAUUGAGCUCUGAAUACUCUCAAUUGUUAGAAAUGAACGAAAAGGAUGAUUCGGCUGUUCCAAUGUCGAAGGAGUUGGAAUCGCUCGUUUCGCUCAACAGUUCUUCCGAUUCGGUAGAAAUAAUUGGUGAAACGGAGAUCAAAAAAGAGAAUCCUCCACCUUCUCCACCGCCUGCCUUCAUUGGCGCUGGCACAUUCUCCCCAAAAGAUCUGCUCUCAUUACUGAAGAAUCUCGAAUCGGAAAUUAACGUAACCGAACAACAUCUCUGCGAUGAGAACGAAAAGCGUGCGAUGUUCAAAGUGGACGAUUGUCGGCGGACACAUAACUAUGACGAGUUCAUUUGCACCUUUUUAUCGAUGCUGGCACAUCAGGGAGAACUGGGAGAUCUCGUCUCGCAACAUCUGAUCACGAGCCGGAAGCCAAGUUUGGGUGGGGUGCAAAACAGUGGAUCUCGCGGGGUGGUUCGUAAUUAUAACAAGAAAAGCACCACCAAUGGUUCCUCGCCCAAAACACCCAGCUCCAAGCGUCGGCGAGGAAGGACAAAAUGUCGGAAAAGAAAAUAAAAUUAAUUGAUAGAAUUAUACACGCAGUUGAAGAGACUGGAAGACGGAUCGUUUUCGAUAGAAGAAUAGAAAUUUGCAUUUAAACUGCAUUGAUAUUUUUUA